AUGCUGGCCGCUCAUCGCCUCUGCAGCAAUUUAGCUGCUGCAUUAUUCAUCCUUUCCUUACAUUCUUUUGGUAACUCGACUCCUCUUCCUCCGAAUAACAUCCCCCCUGCCGUCCAACCUCCAGCGUACUCGAUUGCCGUAGUUGUUGUGAUGUGUGUCUGCUUGACUAUUGCUAUACUGGGCAUUCCUGUGGCCGUAUAUCUGAUUCUACAAAAACGUCAACGACACUUCGACAACCAUGUUCACAAGAUCGAUUCGAGCCGUCCACAUCCCCCCAUCUAUGUCCACCUCGACUCGGAGCUCCCCCUGAUGCAGCAAGUGCAGCCUGCCUAUCGCGAGUCACUCACUCCAUUACAAAAGAGCCAAAUUCCUGGCUACCUGCCCCGUCCUCUUCCCCGGAAUGUGCCCGUGUCAGCGGCCCCAUCUGAUGUGGCAAGUGUGAAAACACACUGGCGGGGACAAUUCUCUGGCUCCCCUGAAGAGCUUGACCAAUUGGCGGAAGACCUAGCGAAGCACUAUGUUCUGACUAACCAUGCUGCUCGCGCGGCUCACCAUGGGCAUCGAUAUUCAAUCUCGUUGACGGGUCGGUCCAGAGCGUACCAGUGA